AUGAUCACGCACGUCGACGCGAAGUGGAUGCUCACCCCGGAGGCGGACACGAUACUUCCGCUGUUGAUAGGGCACAUCGCGUUCACGGCGACGGAGAUCGAGGAGGCGCGCGCGAACGGAGGCGUCGUCCCGCGAAAGCCGGGGAAAAAAGAAAAAGAAAACGGCGGCGACGACGACGAUCCGGACGUCGUGCGCGACGAAGAUAUCGUCGGAUGCAUGUACGGGGUGCUCGGGGUGAGCCCCGGGAUGAGCAACUUCAAGGUUGUGUACGACCACCUCGUGGAGGAGUUUGGAAUGGAUUUGGAGUCCAAAAAGCCGUUCAUACGCGCUCACCUGAGGCUAAUCGAUAGUCAGGUCGUCGCGCUCAUGUUCACGGAUAACCCGGACGUGAAGUUCAUCGAUACGAAUCCGAUCCCGGAGAUCGAGAAAAGGGGCUCGGCGGGGUUCCAUAAGUUCAUCGCGACGCAAGCGAAGCAGGGGGCGAUGGCGAUUUUGAAGCGACAGAAGAGGCGACGCGCGCUCGCGGAGGGGACGCCGCUCGAGGAGAAGACGGACCAGGAGAAGGACGCCGAGGCGAAGCGAAAGAAAAAGACAGACCAGGAGAAGGACGCCGAGGCGAAGCGAAAGAAGAAGACGAAGCGAAAAGUCCGCCGAAAGCGGUCGACGAUGUCGUCGCUGUGCGCGCGCAACGCGCUUCUGGUGCACACUUUGUACUCGGUCACGAAAGAAGCGGAGUACGCGAACGAGGGCUCCGGGUGGCCGAAGCUGUUGCGCGCCUCGGAGGAGCUCCUCCCGGCGUUUACCACGCUGUUAAGACCCGUGCAAAGCUGGGGCGGCGGCGUCCGCGGCGGCGACAAGUUGAUCGCCGACGUGGACGAGAACCGCGAGAUGGCGUCCGGAGAGAUGAUAAACGAGAUCGGCCGGAACGCGCUCAUCGUCCUCGCGGAGAUGGCGGACCCCGCGAACUCGCGCGUGAACCCCGAGCUCGGUUUGAAGUGGGCGUCCAACGUGAUCGAGUCGCACCAGUCGUUGAUACAGAUUUUGAUUCGCGUCAUGGGACAGUCGUUCAGGGUCGAGGAUGUCCCCGGCCUCGUCGACGUCGACGGCGAGUGCGAAGGCGAAGGCGAAGGCGAUGGAUUUUUUCUCGAGGGCAAAAGCGCGUCCGUGGACGCCGCGCCCGCGAUGUUUGCGUUCCCUUCGCCAGACCCGACGGACGACGACGCGGUGAUCGCGUCCCCCGUCGCCGCCGCCGACGACGACGCGACCGACCUCUCCCCCGACUGCGCGCACAUCGCCGCGGCGGCGAUGUUCGGGAUCGUUUCUUACGAUCCGUGCAUGGACGACCUGCUCGCGACGCUGGAUAAGACGGAUAGCACCGGGACGAUGAUCUCCAGGGUGGCCGCCCUGCUGGCGGACGCGUUGCCGAAAAAGGAAGAAGAAAAAGAAGCGAAUACCGAGACGCCCUCUCGUUCGGUGGCUGACAUCGCGGACGCGGUCUCGACGUUAUCUUUGACGGAGAUCGCGAGAAGAGAGAAGAAGAAGCGCGAGGAAGAAAAGCUCAAGAAGCUCAGAGAGGAAGGGAAGCUCGGCGCCGGCGGCGUGGAAGCCGCCGGGCUUCUCGCGCGUCUUUCGAGCUCCCAACGCGGCCGCCGGGCGAUCAUCGCGCACGCCCCGGGGAUCAUCAGCUACUUGCUCCCGUGCAUACGACCGAGCAUGAGCCAGACCGCGGCGUUCGCGAUUCGAGCGCUGAGCGGUCUCGCGCGGGAUAAGCGCGGCGCGAAGUUAUUGCUGAGGUACGAGAGGCCGAAGGUCAUCGCUUCGGCAUUCGCGAACAUGCUGCACGCGAUGUCGGACGCGAGCGACGGCGACGGCGACCACUUCGAGGACGACGACGACUUCGACGACGACCUCGACGAGAGCGACGACGACCACGACGACGACGGCGUCGGCGGCGCGAAAGAGAAAGACAAGGCGCGAAAGUGCACCUCGAGCUCCUGCCGACGGCGACGCAGAGAGUUCGACGGACAGCUCAUGUCCGAGUGCGUGAUCGCGAUCGCGACGCUGGCGCAAGAUAAGCCGUGGCGGUGGCGGCUCCUCGACGUCACGUCCGCGAAGCCGCAGCGUUUGGACGACGACGACGACGCGAACCCGAACCACCACCACCACCACCGCGCGAGAGUCUCCGCGUCCGCGGCGUCGCUCGUGUCGGCGUUGAUUCGAAUGCUGCGAGGGGACCACCCGGAGGUGACGUUCAACGCGCUGUACUGCGUCAACUGCUUGAUGGGCGAGCCGCCGCAGAGCUGGGGGCGGGGGAGGAACGCGACGCGGGAGGAGGACAACACCGCGCGCCGCGCGCUCAUCGCGGCGGCCGCCGCCGCGAGCGAGCAGCCGCGCACCGGCGGGUCGCUCGAGGAGGCGCUCGCGACGAUUCUCGCGUCCGCGCCGUUCAAGCUGAAACGCGGCGUCGUCGUCGGGGCGCCGCGGCGCGAUGAGGACGGGGUCGCACCGCCGCCGCCGCCCGCCGCCGCCGCCGCCAACGCCGCUUUCGACGCCGCGGUCGCCGCCGCCGCCGCCGACGCUUCGCCGGGGACGAUGCCGGCGUCGCGGAGCGCGUUGUUGGCGGCGAUCGAAGCCUUCGACG